AUGUCGCUGUGGUUCAGCAUUUCUUUAGCUGCUUUAGCACUGCUUUUUUUGAAGUUUGUAGCCACGACAGUGUACAGACUGACGCUUCACCCGUUGGCGAAGAUUCCCGGUCCCAAACUCGCGGCUGCAACAUGGUGGUAUGAACGAUAUUUUGAUCUCUACCUCGGAGCACAAUUCUUUAAGCAGAUUGGAAAAUUGCAUGAGCAAUAUGGACCGAUUGUUAGGAUUAAUCCAAAUGAGGUUCACGUUAAUGACCCCGACCUCAUCGAUACCGUGUAUCCAGGUGGAUAUAAAAAAGUGAAUAAAGAUCCCUACUUGAUGAGUCAAUUCGGAAUGCUACAUAAUACGUCUUUUCUAUCCAUCGAUCAUGACGAACAUCGCCUUCGUCGCAAUGCGCUCAAUCGGUACUUCUCCAAAGCAGCGGUAGCGAAGCUCGAGGACUAUAUCAAACAGACUUGCGAGAGAUUCGCCGACAAGCUUCUAGAAUACCGUAACACCGGCCCGCUCACAAUCUCAGCGGCAUAUUCCAGCUUCACUACCGAUGUCAUCGCAGAGUACUGCUUCGGAAGAACGUUCAACUUUCUGGGGCGCGAUCGCUUCUUGCCGAAUCUGCAAGCCGCGAAUGACGCGAUGGGUGCUAUGAUCCCUGUUUUGAGAUUGUUCCCAUGGCUUCAUACAGUUAUGAGAUGGAUACCACAGGAACGAAUGCUCAAGAUGAAUCCCGGCAUGGCCGAUUGGAUUGGGAUGGAAAACAUUUGCAAAAAGUCUGUUCAAGAUGCAAGGGCACGUUUGAAUGAUGAAAAGAUAUCGAAGGGAUACUACAACGUCAUCGAUGAACUGCUACGGUCAAACCUUCCUGAGCAAGAGAAGACAGAUGAGCGACUACUUCUCGAAGCUACAGUUCUUGUGAACGCUGCGACCGAGACAACAGCAUGGGCAUUGUCGCUUUGUACUUUCUAUAUCUACCAUAACCGCGAGAUCAUGAGAAAGAUGAGGUCGGAGCUCCUGGCCGUAGCCCCAGACAGAAAUGUGCCACCACUGGCAAAGCUCGAAGCGCUUCCAUAUCUCAGCGCAGUAAUAAUGGAAACACUGCGACACCAAUUCGGCCCUGUUAGCCGUUUACCACGGAUAUUCCCUGUUGAAGCCACCCAUCUCCAUUCAACUUACAAAGGCAAGCCCGUUGACUAUGUUAUACCACCAGGCUACGUCUUAUCUAUGACAUCCAUUUACAUUCAUAUGAAUCCAGACUUAUUUCCGAAUCCACAUGCGUUCCUUCCGGAACGGUGGCUUGAUGGGCAAGGGCAGAGGAAUCGGGAGAAGGAAAAGUAUUUACUGACAUUUUCAAAAGGAACCCGAAUAUGCCUGGGGAUGAAUUUGGCUUACGCUGAACUCUACUUGUGCCUUGCUGCUGUCAUUCUGAGAGUAGGCGAGAACAUUGAGCUGUUCGAAACGACAAUAAAAGAUGUCACUCCUGAAUACGACGCGUUUGCUAUGAGGCCCUACAAAGAAAGUAAGGGUAUUCGGGUCAUCAUAACUUGAUAGUGAGUGAAUGCGAGAGGAGAAAGAUAGAGACAAUGAUAAGAAAUGGGGAGAGAGAGCACUCUAGCUGGGGAUGUCAUUCUUGUGUAAAUCAUCAACAUCAAUAUGCGGACAUAGUUUUACACUGUGGUAAUUACUUUGUAAAUGUAAGCGAUUCG